CGGCGCAGGUUUCUGCCAGUGAAUCAGUCUGCUAGUGGAGACAGACUAGGAACUGUGGCAGAAGACACAAGCAAGGCAGUCAAAGCAGAGACCCAAGAUGUGGCGCCUCCUCGUGCUGCUCUGCUCCCAAGCAAUUGCCUUUUCAGCAGGACUCACAGCACCCUUCACUCUCAAUUCAGACAAAAGCCAGUGCAGGAAGACUCGCAACCCCGAAUGCUUCAUGAACGUUAGUGAAAUCAUCAGAUAUCAUGGAUACCCCAGCGAGGAAUAUCAAGUUACCACAGACGAUGGAUACAUUCUUGGUGUUUUCAGAAUUCCCGCUGGCAGAAACAGCCAAAAUACAGGACAAAAGCCAGCAGUCUUCCUACAGCAUGCUUUUCUAGGAGAUGCUACCCACUGGAUUUCUAACCUGCCCAACAACAGCUUGGGCUUCCUCCUUGCAGAUGCUGGCUAUGAUGUCUGGAUGGGAAACAGCCGAGGCAACACUUGGUCUUUAAAACACAAGACCCUUAAUCCCAGCCAGAAAGAGUUCUGGCAGUUCAGCUUCGAUGAGAUGGGUAAAUAUGAUAUUCCAGCAGAGCUGUACUUCAUCAUGAAUAAAACUGGACAGAAGGAUGUAUAUUAUGUUGGUCACUCUGAAGGCACAACAACAGGAUUCAUAGCAUUUUCUACAUACCCUGAGCUGGCUAAACGGGUGAAAAUGUUCUGUGCUCUGGGCCCAGUAACCACAUGCUCACAUGCUACAAGCCCUCUGAUUAAGAUAACAAAUGUUCCUGAACCACUGCUCAGGUUAGUAUUUGGCUGCAAAGGAGCCAUGCACCAAAUCGGAUUUCUGAAAGGACCUGUGACACGGUUAUGUACAAGCCUGGAUAAGUUUUGUGGCCAUAUACUCUGUUACAUAGCUGGAGGCAGCAUAAAAAAUCUGAACACGAGUCGAAUAGAUACGUACGUAGGACAUUCCCCUGCUGGAACAUCCGUACAGAACAUUAUUCAUUGGCAUCAGCUAACACAUACAGACCAAUUUCAAGCUUAUGACUACGGUUCUAAGGAAAACACGAAGAAAUACAACCAGUCUACUCCUCCUGUGUACGAGAUAGAGAAGAUAAGCACACCAAUUGCUGUUUGGAGCGGUGGACGUGACAAAUUUGCAGAUCCAAAAGACAUGGCAAAGCUACUGCCUCGGAUUACUAAUCUCAUUUACCAUGAGCAUUUUCCUGCUUGGGGACAUCUUGAUUUCAUCUGGGGCCUUGAUGCAACUGAGAAAAUGUAUUGGAAAAUCAUUGAACUAAUAACAAAACACCCUUAAAAACCGCAUGCAGAGUGUUGAUUCACUUAGUAAAGCCACCAAAAUUUCUAUUUGGCAAUAAGGGUGAUACCUGGGGAAGAGGUAAACACACAGACAUACAUAAUGGAUACCACUAUAGGUACUUACAUGUAUUUGUUUGUUUCUUGCUUUCCUCACAGUUUGAGGUUUUCCAUGGUGUUACUGUGACUGCUGUCUUUCUGAGAAGUUUGAGGUGUAUAGGAACGAAAGCUGAAAACAUGAAUA